AUGGAUAAGGGGCAGUUAACUGAAGGGGAUAGGUUCGGAGAUGAGAUGGGCACAUUUUUAGCAGGACAGGACGCCAGGGUCAUUGAUGAGGGAGGUAAUUUGGACGCGAUCUUAGAGCAGCGUCGCGGCCGUGAUUAUGAUAGUGAGGUAGAGGAUGAAACAGAGACAGGCACACAGGUAAAGACGGUAGCAGAAUUUUAUAAUCAAACGAACGAGAGAAGACAGGGGCCAGGUCGGCCAAGUCAGAGCUCUAGCACCCAGGUGUCCAGAGUUACAUUGCCCAUGUUUGAAGAGGAUCAAAAAGAUGACAUAAACCCAAUACUGAGUUUCCUACGAUCAUUGAAAGAAGAAGGUGACGAACAGCGUAAGAAGGAGAAGGAAGAAGCUGAGAAACAGCGUAAGAAGGACAAGGAAGAAGAUGAGAAACAACGUAAGAAGGAGAAGAAAGAAGCUGACGAACAACGUAAGAAGGAGAAGGAAGAAGAUGAGGAACAACGUAAGAAGGACACAGAGGCAAUAAUUUAG